GAUGCUCGGUGUCGGUGCCGUUGGAACCGGGUCUCGAGGACUGAUAACCAGAGCUGUUUGGUUCCCAAGCCCACGCCCGUUUGUUUUCGGCAUUCACGGCAUCUGUUCGGAUGCCAACCAUGAAGACCAAUUGACAAGAAACAAGAAUACAAUGACGUGUGCGCGGUGGAUGGACGGACGUCUGGAGGCCAUGGAUCGAAACGCACAAACAUUCGACAAAUAACCAACUCUACGCCCCACAAGCAAGUGAAGCGCGGAACAUGUUUUGUUAGAAUUGUGAAUUUAAUGUAAUCUGAUUCAAUAGGUACUUUUUCCUCCAAUACCCUGGUCCAAAUCCA